AUGGGGCGCGACAAUGACGGACUCGAAGAGAGUAUCAUCUUCAACGAGUCAGAUGCCGACGAUUUGACUUUCCCUCGUAAUGAUGCCCUUGUUAUUAAUUUACGUAUUUUAGAUACCGAUUUCAAGCGCAUCAUGGUGGACGAUGGAAGCGGUGUGUGCAUUAUUCAUCCCCGAGUCCAUACCCAAAUGUGGCUUGAGGAUAAGAUAGUGUCGCGUUGCAUCACACUAACCGAUUUUGACAAUGCAGUUGAACAAACAUCCGGGAAAAUUACACUCCCUGUCUUGGCCGGCGGCGUAACUCUAAAGACAACAUUCCACAUCAUGGACUAG